CCAUCUCUGUCUCAUUCUCUUUCUCACUCUUUCCGUCCCGCCGACCCCUUCUCUGCCUGGUUCCAUCUCAGUUUUCUGUGUCGCUCUGGCUCUCUCCUUGUCCCUUCACCUCUGCUUCUGUCCCUCUGACCCUGGCCUGGCCGCUCUCUCUCUGCUUUCCCCAUCUGUCUCUAUCCAUCGGCCACAGCCAACCAGAGCCCCUGCCUUGAACCUGUUUUCUCCUUACAGCCUGACUACACGAUGACCAGGUGGGCUCUGCUCACGCUGAUGGUCCUGACAUUGGGCAGGACCCUGCUUGUCCCAGCAACCCCCACCCCAGGCUUCCAGCUCCUCCCUCAGAACUUUCCCCAGGCCACUGCCUGCCCCGUGACCUCGGAGAGCCCCUCAGCCAGCACCACGGCACCCUCCACUGCUUCGGGCCGCGCCAGCCCUGACCCCCACCCUGGCGCCCGCAUCGCCCUCUCGCUGGACGUCCCCCUUGGCCUCCUGCAGAUCUUACUGGAGCAGGCCCGGGCCAGGGCUGUGAGGGAGCAGGCUGCUGCCAAUGCCCGCAUCCUGGCCCAUGUCGGCCGCCGCUGAGCCUGAGGGAGGCAGUCACAGGGAUGGAGCCACCCUGCAUGGGGGAGAUCGGCAGGGCCGCGGUGCAUCUGGACCCCGCCACGUGGAGUCAGUCAUAUCAAAGCGCCUCACAGAGUCACAGUGUGGGCGGACAGCACGCACGUUGCCACGCCAGGUUGCCAAUGGACUCUAGCCACUCCUAGUAGGAGCCCCCCGGACUUACGGUAUAUGUCUGGAGAGCUUGGACACUACCGUGGAUGAUCCCUGCCACAUGGAGUCUGGUCAUGUCUGGGUCCCACAGUCAAGAGCCUCCGGACACCAUCAUACAGGGGCUCUGUAAUGCCACUUACAGGAACCUCAACACAGGACACCAUGGCUGCACUGGAGAGAACGGCCCAUCUAAGGCCAGACCCAGAGGUCUGCGCUGCCCUCACGUGUCACCAGACAGGUGCUGGCGGAGGUUCCCAGGCAGCACCCACUCCAAACGGAUGGGGGCAUCUCCAGGCAUAGAUGGACGCUCAUACGUGGGAAGUCUGUGGCUGCGGCAGCCUUGCCUUGUGUGUGUGUGUUGGGGAGGGUGUGGUUUAUAUGCAUGGGUGGCCGCGUCUCCGUGUAUCUGACAGCUGUUUGUGUGUGUGAACAAGGUGUGGGCCUGUGAGGGGGCUGUGGAGAAUGGGAGCCUGUCCCCCAAAUCUGCAUGAAGCAUGCUCAGCACACACCCAGGUGCUGUCUUACCCACACCUCUGCGUACCCAGGCUCUGCCCUUGCACACACAUGGCUCAGGGGAGAAGGGAGCGCAGGCUGAGGGGGCUCUGGCCCCUCCUUCAUUGAACAGUCCUGAGCCUCAGUUUUCCAAGCCUCGGUUUUCUCUUUUCUCCUCCGUAAAGCCGAGUGAUGCCACCACGCUUCUUGUGAGCACUGAGUGAUGUAAUAACGUAUAUGAAGGUUCCC